GUUUCCAACACACGUGCAAGCAAUGGGCAAGAAGCGUAAAAUUCAGAAAGAGGAAAAUUUGAAAAAUGUCAAAAAGGCAAAGAAAAAUGUUGUCGAACUGCCACCGGUCAGAUCAUCAGAAGAAGCGCCGAUAACUAACGUAAAUUUUGUAUAUAUCGCGUUUUAGCUUAUAAUUUUAUGCUUACUUUGUAACAGAAUAAAUGGUCUAAUAAAGAAAGGGUAUUAGUGUUUUCAUCUCGAGGAAUCGGCUUUAGAGAUAGACACUUAAUGAAAGAUUUUAAAGUACUAAUGCCGCAUAGUAAAAGUGAAACCAAGAUGGACAAAAAGGAUAGCUUAACCGUGAUCAAUGAGAUAUGCCAAAUGAAGAACUGCACAAAAUGCAUCUAUUUUGAAUCAAAGAGAAAGACUGAUCUCUAUUUAUGGAUGUCAAACUGUCCCAGUGGUCCAUCAGUUCGAUUUGACGUUCAAAACAUACACACAUUAUUGGAAUUAAAAUUGACUGGAAACUGUCUUAAACAUUCAAGACCACUCCUUUGUUUUAAUGAGGCCUUUGAUGAAGCUCCUCAUUGGUCAUUGCUUAAAGAAUUAUUGAUUCAGAUUUUUUCGACGCCCCGAAAUCAUCCAAAAUCUCAACCUUUUGUAGAUCAUGUAUUUUCCUUUACUGUUGCUGACAAUAGAAUAUGGUUUAGAAAUUAUCAAGCCAUGGAAGAAGAUGGCAAACUAGCAGAAAUUGGUCCAAGAAUGGUUCUAAAUCCAAUAAAAAUAUUUCGCGGAAGCUUUGAAGGAGAGGUUCUCUGGCAGAACCCACACUACGUCUCUCGCAUCAAUAUACGACGUCAAAUAAAGCUUGCUAAGGCAAAUAAAUAUAUGGAUCAAGUUCAACAAAAGAAAGCUCGUAAGAAGCGUCUCUCUGGAAUUAUAACUUAUAAAUCUGAUAUUACUGAUCAAGUGUUUGCAACAAACUGAUAAAUGAAAUCCUAUUUCAAUAGUUAAUUUUGUCGGAUUAUGCUAGAAAUAUGCUAAAACAAAAAUUAAACAUUUUUACAUAAAAGUGAAUCUA